GCGCGAGAGGUUGUGGUAUUAACGGCUGCGUCCGCGCGCUGGCGGAGAGGGAGGGAGUGAGCGAGCGAUUGAGUGAACGAACGAGCAAGCACGAGAAACUGCCGCGGCUCGGAGUCCGGGGCCGAAAGUCGCCUCGACUUCCUCACCGUCAUGUUCGCGGGCAGCUACUGCUGCGUUUUGGGUUCAUGGGCACCUGUCCUGCUGCGCCUCCGGGCUUCUCCUCCUCCCGGCGUGACAGCGGCCGUGUGAGAGCCCAAGUGGAGCAUUUAUUUGGAGGAAGCCGUUGUGGGGGAGACCGUUUUUCAGCCAUUCUCAUCAUCGGCUGCUGCUGACGGUAAAACAUGAUGAAGACAGAGGCUUCAGGAGAGAGAUCGACCCUCCGCAGCGCCUCGCCGCACCGCAAUGCUUACCGGACCGAGUUCCAGGCUCUCAAAAGCACCUUCAAUAAAGGCGCCGGCAGCGCGGGGGUGGCGGCGGCCGCCACAGGAGGAGAUGGAAAGGCGAGGGAAGGCUGCGAGAACCCGCUGCAGCAGCAGCAGCAAACCCGGGGAAGGAAGUACGGCUCCAAUGUCAACCGAAUCAAGAACAUGCUGUUUAUGCAGAUGGGCAUGGGACCCGGCGAGGACAACGAGGCUUCUGCCCGCACCAAAGGCGGCCGAGGGGCUUCCUCGUCCCCGCACCGGAGAGUCCGAGCCCGGGAUGUGGCCGAGGUUACGGGCGGCCCCCGGGUCAAGCUGGCCGAUCGGACCAGUCGCAUCGACAGCAGCCGGGACGGGCCAUCGACCUACUCUAAAUUUUCGGAAACCCGUAAGCUGUUCGAGCAGAGCAGCCGCGAGUCGGCGGCCCUUUCCCAUCAGAGCUCCCCAAAAAGGGAGAGGAAGGGCUCCCAGGAUCAGCUGCUGGAUGGGCUGCAGGGGAUCGAUGGGCCCCGCUCCAAUCGAGGUAGCACCGAGUCUUUGGACAGCAGCAGCCCCAGGACGGAGUCCGUCUCUCCCACCGUUAGCCAGCUCAGCGCCGUCUUCGAAAACACCGAGCAGCAAAACCUGGCAACGGGCGAAAGCGGGCUCCUUGGCUCGUCUAAAAUAACUGAAAGGCUCAACGAGGAGCAACAGCCGGAUUCUAAAACAUCCGCUAUCCAAGGUCAAUAUGGGAUUUAUUUUGUAAACCAAGAUGCUGUGGGUUUACCCAGGACACGUGAAAAGCAGCAAAACAUGGCCAGCCAUGCGACAUUUCCAUCGGAGACCGUAAAAACAGACGCUUUUUUGAAGCAGAGCAGUGCUGUGGAUGUAAGGCAGGUUAGACCUGGGGUCGAUGAAGGUCUAGACCAUCAUGAUAACUUGGGGAGUCACACAAAUAUUGGUAUGGACGUGAAGCAGUCCAGUGUUGCCUCAGACGUAUUAAAAAACAGUACUGUCGCAGCUGGAAGAGCUUCGGGUAAACGAGGUUCAACAGCAAGUGAAAAUUCCUCGGAGGAAAGUACAACUGAACAUUCUGGGACUCCAGCCAUAAGUCGAUCAGCUGACAAAACUGACGGGAAGGAAUAUCCCGAAACAGAAUCUAAAGUUCAAAAUGUGGAGCCUGAGGGCUGCAGUGUGGAAUCAGGAGAUGAUGCUGUUUGGGAGCACACUUAUGAGGACUCAGAGGAGCAAGUGGAUAGCGAUGAAAAUAAUUAUGAACCAAUUGUGGAAUGUACAGAAGUAACAGGGUUGUCCGAUGAAGAUAAUAUUCCAACCAAGAGGAAAGUUAAGUUCAGCACUGCUCCCAUAAAAGUUUUCCAUACAUAUUCUAAUGAAGACUAUGAUAGGAGAAAUGAUGAUGUGGAUCCAGUUGCUGCAUCUGCUGAAUAUGAACUGGAAAAACGUGUCGAGAGACUGGACCUUUUCCCUGUUGAACUUGAGAAAGAUGAGGAUGGCCUUGGCAUCAGUAUUAUAGGAAUGGGAGUUGGAGCAGAUGCAGGAUUAGAAAAACUAGGAAUUUUUGUCAAGACCGUCACAGAGGGAGGAGCAGCUCAAAGAGAUAGCAGGAUCCAGGUGAAUGAUCAGAUUGUGGAAGUGGAUGGAAUCAGUUUGGUGGGUGUUACACAAAGCUUUGCUGCCACUGUUCUGAGAACAACUAAAGGCAGUGUUAGAUUCCUGAUUGGGCGAGAGAAACCUGGCCAGAGCAGUGAAGUUGCUCAGCUGAUCAGCCAAACUCUAGAGCAGGAGCGGUACCAAAGAGAGCUGCUAGAACAGCACUAUGCUCAGUAUGAUGCAGAUGAUGAUGAGAACACUGAGCAUGAAUUUCGUGGAACCAGAAGGAAUCGCAACAGUAACAACAAUUGUUCCUUUCAGAAGACAGGAGAAUAUGCCACUGAUGAGGAAGAUGACGAAAUGGGCUCAAUUCUCACUGGUGGUGAAAUGGCGAUUGAAGUGUUUGACCUGCCUGAAACCGAUGAUAUGCUUUCUCCUACAGAGGUGGACGCCAGCAAGAUUGCUCACAAAUUCAAAGAGCUGCAGAUUAAACAUUCUGUUACUGAAGCUGAAAUUCAGAAGUUGAAAACUAAGCUCCAGUUUGCAGAGAAUGAGAAAGUUCAGUGGGAACUAGAAAAAACACAACUCCAGCAGAGUCUUGAAGAGAACAAAGAAAGGAUGUUGAAAUUGGAGAGCUACUGGAUUGAGGCACAGACCCUUUGUCAUACUGUCAAUGAACAUUUGAAAGAAACCCAGAGCCAAUACCAGGCUUUAGAGAAGAAAUACAACAAAGCCAAGAAACUCAUUAAAGAUUACCAGCAGAAGGAAAUAGAAUUUGUUAAGCAUCAAGAUGCUGAGAAAAAGAAAUUUGAAGAAGUUGAAAAAGUACAUGCGGCAGAAGUUCAGAAACUUCAGAGUAGGAUUGCAGAACUGAAAGUCGAACUUCAAAAAUUAACAAGGACCAAUGGGACUCAAGUGAACAACAACAACAACAUCUUUGGAGAGGAGCAGGAAAGGAAAACAUUGUUCAUGGAUACAAUGAGAGACCCUCCACCUAAAGCUAUUGAUAGGUUGACAAGAAUGCAGGAGUACAACCUUGAUGGUUCAACUGAAGAAGAUGUUGAAAAUUCAACCAUGAAGUCAGGUGAUCCAGAUGAGGUUUUCGAUUUUAAUGAAGCAGUACCAGAAACAGAGAGACUGGACAGCAAAGUGCUAAAGGCUCGAGCUCAUCUUUCAGGCAAAUCAAAACGACAGCGGCCAACUCGGUCUAGGGUACAUGACAGUGUCAGUUCAACUGAUGGUGAUGACAGUCUUGAGCGGAAGCCUUUAGAUAGCUAUGGAAGUCCCACACACAUUUCCAGAUCCCCCCUGCCAGCAUCCCUGAGGACGUGUUCACCAGCAUCUGAUUCUGGAGCCUCUUCAUUAUCUCCAGUAGCCAGCAAUGCAGUCUUCACAUUUGACACCACAGUGGAAAAUCAAGUUCUGGGAGAACAUAAUCGGCGAGUUUUGACAUCACCAGAGCGGCCUCCCGAAGAUUCUGUGGGAGGAACCCCAACCUCAUCGCCUUCAAAAUCCUGUCAUCAUGCUACAUUGCCUCCAUUGCAUCAUAUGGACAAACAAUGCAAAAUGAGAAAAGCUGAAGAUGACAACAGAGGUAUUCCUUCACCAAAGAAAGUCAGUCCUCCUGUGAAUCAGAAAGAGAACACAAAGCAAAAGUUGGCUGACUUUGGGGUUCAGUCACAAAAAAUAUCUAGUAAAGGGAAUAAACAAAAGGACAAAGAAAAAGAAACCAAUAGACUCUCAUCAGGAAGCAGGAUCUCCAAGGAUACACUAGACAGUUUGGCAAGCAACAUUUCAGUGGGGGAAACAUCCUCCUCUGUCUCACCAUGUGUACUUUUAUCCUGGUUUGGAGAAAAUGCUGGAGGAUACAACUCUUCCAAUAAUAUGCCAUCCCCUAGCAGCUCAACAGAACCAUCUUCUGAGAGCCUGAGUCCAGAAAAACAGAGACUUAAGAAUUUCAACUACAUUGAUGACUUUAGCCCCAGUAGUACAAGUUCUGCUGAUUUGAGUGGAUUGGUUGCACAACCAAAUUCUACAGGGCGCUCCCCCAUAUUGGCACUGUCCUCUGAUGAGAGCCUGGAUAUGAUAGAUGAUAAGAUCCUCGAUGAAGGACAAUCACCAAAACACAAUCAAUGGAAGACUUGUGCUGUCUUGGAUUGGAGCACCCAUCAGGUUUCUCAUUGGCUUAUGGGACUGAACAUGGAACAAUAUAUUCCACAAUUUACUGCCAAAAGCAUUGAUGGAGAACAACUGCUGCAGCUGGACGGAAGUAAACUUAAGGCAUUAGGUAUUGCAUCUCAAGAUCGGGCAAUCAUCAAAAAGAAGCUAAAGGAGCUGAAGUCAUCAGUUGAAAAAGCCCGCAAAGCGCAACAGAAGUUAGAGAAACAAAGGGAAAAACGGAGAAAAAAAGGAACAGGAACAGCUUCUGAAAAAGAAUAAGAAAAUCAAAUCAUUAUUUUCAACAGCAGAGCCUGACACUGAAUAAGACUGAUAGAAGGUCUGGGUUAUUAAGAAAGACUUGAAAGGAUUUUAAUAUUAACCCAAACUGCGUUAUCAUGUGCAGCAGAGCUGUCAACAUGUACAGAUUUUGACAAAAAUGUACUUCAGAUCUCAAAUUUGCCAAACACCUCAGAAUUAGUGAUGUUUUGGUAGCUAUCAUAAAAAGACAAAAUCAGUGGCAUUUUUGUACUACUGUUAAGUUUACCAUUCCACAAACUGGCACCUAUAGAAGACCUUUGUGAUUCUCCCUUGCUUUAGCACUAAACUGAAUGAAGCCUAAUAGAGGGACCUGCAGAUGUAUGACUGUGUUAGAUUUGGAAGUUAAGGCCGUACAAUUGUAAUAUCUAUUUUCAUGCAGUCUUUAAAAAAAUGUGGAUAAUCUUUGACCCUUUUUAAGCAUUUCUAUAAGAUUACUUCAGUUCAAAUGAAAAUAAUGUUACUUCAGUAUUUAGGUGCCAAUUUUUUAAGUUUAAAAAAAGGAACUUGGUCCUUUCAUGAACUGCUGCCUUUUCCCAAAACCUUCAUAUCUUUGAGAAUUAAAGAGUUUACAGUUUCCCAAAUCUCUGCAUUACAUAAAAUUACUGUAUAUGCAAAUCAUUUUCUCAUCAAAAUAUUUUAUUUCCUGUAAAUCAAAGGAAUGAACAGUAGAGGACCUAGACUAAGCAAUUUCUAAGACCUGCAUAUUGCACUGAAAUUUAAUGGACAUACCACAUAAUACUUCUUGCAGUGCCACUGUGUGAUGUAGAAGAUAGCUGUGGUAAGGAUGAAUACCCAUUUUACUCCACCAAUAAGAAAGCUUUUGUAAAGACUUAAAAGAAAUUUACACAAGUGGUAGAAUAUUUUUGUGCACUCCAUUGUUCUGUAUUAUAUUGAUUGCAUAAGUUUAAUGGAGGUUAGCUGAGAGUUUCAGUACUCCUAUUUAAAGUCACAUGUAGAUAACUCUGUUUAGCUGCCAUAAUGAAGAUUUUCCAAAGUGGGGAUUAUAUUUAAAACAAAAUAGAUACGUUGGGCCAAAAUAUAACUAUUUAUAAUUUGUUAUUGAAAUUGAUUUUUAACUGGCUGGGUAACAAAUAUAAAAACAUUUAUGUGGAAUUUUAUAUUGCUAAGGAUCUAAGGGGCUUGUUUUGAUCUGGGAAAUGGGGAUGGAAAAGGAUGAUUAAUCAAAUGGGGCCAUGUUUUAAAAAAACUUGAUCAACCUGUUGUUGAGUGGUUGAAGAAUUUCUACUGAAUAUCAUCUUUUUUAUUCCACUUAUAAGUACAUAAAUUCAGUAAUGUGCCAAUUCAGCAAAAUCAGUAGGAAGCUAUUGUAUUAAGGUUUUUGGGUCUGAUCGUAAAUUAAGGAAACAUGUUUGCUAUUGCCUAUAUUGAUAACUUUUUUAUGGUAAAUAUGCAUUUGUGUGUCUCAUGAUUUGAAAUUUGACCCAUUUUACUGUUUCUAAAAUCAGAUCUCAGCUUAUCCUGUAUUUAGUUUUACUAGUCAUAAAGUAUUUGACUCCUCAGUUGGAUAUUACUGAGUCAAUGCCCCAACUUCUUUAAAAAAAUGAAAGGAUGUUUCAUAAGACCGGUGUUUUAUAUGUGAACAAGAUUUCUUUUAGUAUGUCUACAUAUUAUCUCAUAUGGUUUGAGGGGUUAACCAGAUAGCUUUGUUGAGAUAACAUUACAUAACAUAUUCUAAAAAUGCCCAAAAAUGUAUCUAAAAAUGUAAUUUGUAUGGUCCUUUGUAUGUUUUUUGAAUUAAAAUCAUUCCUCCUGUUUCUUAGUUAAGUAACUAGAUUUGCACCCAUGUAUUGUGCAAUGUAAGCAAAAGUAAUGCACAUCAUUAAUGAAUAACUGCAAUGAAUAGCUGAAAACAACAGUUUCCUGUCUUCACCAUCACUGUAUAAUCAAUUUCGUUUAUAGUUGCUUCUGUCAUUAAUUAGAGCCAGUAGUUCACAUUUUAUUUAAAGCAAUUAAAGACUGCAACAGCACCAAAUAGUUGAACAUAUUUUCAUGCAAAUUUUGACAAUGAAAUAUACUCAACAUGUGGCAUUACGCACUUUCACUAUAAUUGUUUUAAAUUAAGCAGCAGACAAAUAUGGGCAUUUAAUUAAACUAAUUUAGUGGAUUUUUAUAAGCCAUUUCUCCUGCUAUCAAAGAGGUUUAUUAUAUUUCUGUUUGUAGAUGAGUUGCUACAGUUCUCUUUUUUGGAUACAUGCCACUGAUGGGGUUUAAAACUGUUUUUGAUUCAAAGUGUAAUAGACUGAUUCAUCUGUUAAUCCAGAGAUUUAUCAGUAAAGUUUGAUUAUUAACAAAGAGGAUCUGUACUAAA